GACACACCCCAGUCAGGAGUGUUACAUGUUCAUGAAGUUCCUUGUUUGAUGGAGACACCUCCGUCGGCAGUGUUCCACGUUUCUGGAAGUGCAGGACUGUCAUGCACUCCAUCUUCGACACUGUUGCAUGUGGAUGGAACUAAAGUUUUCAGACAGACUAUGUGUGUGGCUGCAAGUGAGCAAGAACACGUGCUCAGUAAUCAACAUCCGGCAGUAUUGACAGAUACACCCCAGUCAGGAGUGAUACAACUUGAUAGAAUAUCAUCCUUCAUGCGAACACCUCAGAUGGCAGGAAUGUCGGCCAACCCACCCUCGUCGCUGUUGCGCGUGGACGGAUCUGCAGUUUUCAACGGAACUUGUGAUGUUGGUACAAAUGCCACCAUGCACGUGUCCAUUAAUCGACAUGAAUCUGGUUCUUCUAUUGCCAAUGAUUCGUCAGAUUGGCUUGCUCGCAACAAUUCGUAUAUAAGAACAUCUCGCACCAGUACCAAUCCUGCUGUGCUCCAAGGAAACACCGAUAACACAGAUGACGGUGCUACUGUCUCGUCUCUAAGUGCAAGAAAAAAAAAGGAAAAGCCACAUGGAGCGGAUUAGGUUUGCAACAAUGUCAAGUGAGAAAAGAGCUGAAAGGAAUAUCAAACGGAGGGAAAGAUACAAUAGUAACAAAAAAGGUGUAAACGUUGGGAAACCAGACUAUGACGCCAGUAUUUGGGAACCCGAUGAGGAGAUGUUGGCCGCGCAAGAAGUUUCUUUUCAGUAUUUAUUUUUUAGCGUGUAACACAUUUAUGAUUAGAAUAUUAUAUAUACUCGUUUCAUGUAAAUUAAUUGUAUGUUUGAUGUGACACAGAGGAGGAUCUGGAUUGCAGAGCCCCAGAUGAUUGUGAUUUUGAUCUUGAUGUUCUCACGGAUGACGAAGCAAGAGUCUACCAUAGUAGUGAUGUGCAGUUCAGUACAAUCAGGGAACCAGGCGUGGUUAUAUUGGACAGUGAUCCUUUUGAAAGAGUAUACAACGAUCUGCCUUCUGAU